AUGGAGGACGCUCACACGAAAUCCGUGGAAGAAGUCUUAAAAUAUUUUGGCACAGACCCAGACAAAGGCCUUAGUCCAGACCAAAUAAAAAGGAACCAAGAAAAAUAUGGACCCAAUGAACUGCCUACGGAGGAAGGCAAAAGUAUAUGGCAGUUAGUCUUGGAACAAUUCGACGACCUCUUAGUCAAGAUUUUGCUGUUAGCUGCUAUUAUUUCAUUCGUAUUAGCUUUAUUUGAAGAGCACGAAGAUGCAUUCUCAGCCUUCGUUGAACCUUUCGUUAUUUUACUAAUUCUUAUUGCUAACGCUGUAGUAGGAGUAUGGCAGGAAAGAAACGCCGAAUCUGCCAUCGAAGCUUUAAAAGAAUACGAACCUGAAAUGGGUAAAGUCAUAAGAGGAGACAAAUCUGGAGUACAAAAAAUCCGUGCCAAGGAAAUUGUCCCCGGGGACGUUGUUGAAGUGUCCGUUGGUGACAAGAUCCCUGCUGACAUUCGCCUUAUCAAAAUCUACUCCACUACAAUCCGUAUCGAUCAGUCUAUCCUGACUGGUGAAUCUGUCUCCGUAAUCAAACACACUGACCCCAUUCCUGACCCCCGCGCCGUGAACCAAGACAAGAAGAACAUCCUCUUCUCUGGUACUAAUGUCGCAGCCGGUAAAGCUCGCGGUAUUGUCAUCGGUACUGGACUCAACACUGCCAUCGGUAAGAUCCGUACUGAAAUGUCAGAAACCGAAGAAAUCAAAACUCCUCUCCAACAGAAACUUGAUGAGUUCGGUGAGCAGCUCUCUAAAGUAAUCUCAGUUAUCUGUGUCGCUGUAUGGGCCAUUAACAUCGGACACUUUAACGACCCCGCUCACGGUGGAAGUUGGAUCAAGGGCGCCGUCUACUACUUCAAAAUUGCCGUCGCUUUAGCCGUCGCUGCCAUCCCUGAAGGUCUUCCGGCCGUCAUCACCACUUGUCUCGCUUUGGGUACCAGAAGAAUGGCUAAGAAAAACGCUAUCGUAAGGUCUCUACCGUCGGUCGAAACCCUUGGCUGCACAUCCGUCAUCUGCUCCGACAAGACCGGCACACUGACCACUAACCAAAUGUCCGUAUCGCGCAUGUUCAUCUUUGAAAAGAUCGAAGGUGGUGACAGCAGCUUCCUCGAGUUUGAAAUCACUGGCUCAACUUAUGAACCAAUCGGCGACGUUUAUCUGAAAGGACAGAAAGUUAAGGCUGCCGAAUUUGAUGCUCUUCACGAGAUCGGUACCAUCUGCGUAAUGUGCAAUGACUCCGCUAUUGAUUUCAACGAAUUCAAACAGGCGUUCGAAAAGGUCGGCGAAGCUACCGAGACUGCUCUGAUUGUUCUUGCUGAAAAAAUGAAUCCCUUCAAUGUUCCUAAGACUGGCUUAGAUCGCCGAUCCUCUGCUAUUGUUGUGCGUCAAGAAAUUGAGACCAAGUGGAAGAAAGAAUUCACUCUCGAGUUCUCUCGUGACAGGAAAUCUAUGUCGACAUACUGCACACCCCUCAAACCCUCGCGCCUCGGCAACGGACCCAAACUAUUUGUCAAGGGAGCACCCGAAGGUGUACUCGAACGUUGCACACACGCUCGCGUCGGCACCAGCAAGGUUCCUCUGACCACGACCCUGAAGAACCGCAUCUUGGACCUGACCCGCCAGUACGGUACUGGUCGCGACACGCUGCGUUGCUUGGCCCUGGCCACGGCCGAUAACCCCCUCAAACCCGACGAAAUGGAUCUCGGUGACUCCACCAAAUUCUACACUUACGAAGUCAACCUUACGUUCGUCGGAGUCGUCGGCAUGUUGGACCCCCCUCGUAAAGAAGUUUUCGACUCGAUCGUUCGUUGUCGCGCUGCCGGUAUUCGCGUAAUCGUCAUCACCGGUGACAACAAGUCCACUGCCGAAGCCAUCUGCAGGCGUAUCGGUGUAUUCGGAGAGGACGAAGAUACCACUGGCAAAUCUUUCUCCGGUCGCGAGUUCGAUGACCUGCCCAUCGCCGAGCAGCGCAGCGCAUGCGCCAAGGCUCGCCUGUUCUCGCGUGUGGAGCCCGCGCACAAGUCUAAGAUCGUAGAGUACCUGCAGAGCAUGAACGAGAUCUCCGCCAUGACUGGUGACGGUGUGAAUGACGCACCGGCUCUGAAGAAGGCCGAGAUUGGUAUUGCCAUGGGAUCCGGCACGGCCGUCGCGAAGUCCGCCGCCGAGAUGGUGUUGGCCGACGACAACUUCUCCUCCAUCGUCGCUGCUGUUGAGGAAGGUCGUGCCAUUUACAACAACAUGAAGCAGUUCAUCCGCUAUCUGAUCUCAUCCAACAUCGGUGAGGUGGUCUCGAUCUUCUUGACUGCCGCUCUGGGUCUGCCCGAAGCUCUGAUCCCCGUCCAACUGCUGUGGGUGAACCUGGUCACUGACGGUCUGCCCGCUACCGCCCUCGGAUUCAAUCCUCCCGAUCUCGACAUCAUGGACAAGCCCCCUCGCAAGGCUGACGAAGGUCUCAUCUCCGGAUGGCUGUUCUUCAGAUACAUGGCUAUCGGUGGCUACGUAGGUGCGGCCACAGUCGGCGCUGCCUCCUGGUGGUUCAUGUACUCCCCGUACGGACCUCAAAUGACAUACUGGCAACUCACUCAUCACUUACAAUGUAUCAGCGGUGGUGAUGAAUUUAAGGGUGUUGACUGCAAAGUGUUCACUGACCCUCACCCGAUGACGAUGGCUCUCUCAGUGCUGGUCACAAUCGAGAUGUUAAACGCCAUGAACAGCUUGUCUGAGAACCAGUCUCUGGUCACCAUGCCGCCCUGGUCAAACUUGUGGCUCGUCGGCUCCAUGGCGCUCUCCUUCACUCUUCAUUUCGUCAUCCUCUACGUCGAGGUUCUUUCGGCCGUGUUCCAAGUGACGCCGCUGUCGCUCGACGAGUGGGUAACCGUAAUGAAGUUCUCAGUACCCGUGGUACUGCUGGAUGAAGUGCUCAAAUUCGUCGCGCGCAAGAUCUCCGAUGGUGAGACGCGCACUGUCCUAGACUGGCUCCACGGCAUGCAAUGGAUUGUGCUCAUGUGGGCCGUCUUCUUUGGCAUCAUCAUCUACGGACCACUAUAAGCCGGCCCGCCCGCGUGUCGCGCCAUCCCGUUUGUUGACACCUAAUACCCCCGCCGAAUUCCGCGCCCCCCGCCGCUCGAGCGGCCCCUAGCGUGCAGUCGAGCCGCUGGCCGAGCCACUGGCCGAGCCACUGGCCGAGCCACUAGCCGAGCCCGCCCGAGCGCGGGUGGCGCGACGAAUUCUACUGUGGAAACACAUGGACUGUGAGCUGCGCUCACCACAGUACCCGUCAUCUAACAGUUUGGAAUGCUAAUUCUGACGCACCCGUGUGUGAAGUGACAUCCCUAGUGCACGGUCCCGGUCGCGACGAAGGACUCCGGUUUAGUCUCUAGUGUUCUCUGUGUCGCUUAGGUGUAGAUAGAUGUAAACGACGGAGCGUUCUCGCUCCUAGUGCAUUAUUUAUGUGCGAGACAAUAAAAAGUUUGGAGCUCAUUUUUAGAGACGAGAAUACAUCGAGUAUAUUUUUCAUACUUUUACCGAUUACAUUAUACAUGCUACACGAUUUUUUGAUGUGAAGUGGCUGUGAAGAUCUUCAUUCUGCUUACUUGCGACACCAAAAAAUGGUUUUUGUGGAGAAGUAUUUAUAAGUUAGAUAAUAAAUCUAUGAAGGUACAUUUUGUAUAUUUAAAUGAAACGAAGCUCCCUUUUUUUAAAUUAACAUGUUAAUAAAGGACUCGCACAUACUCAGUACCUUGUCCUCUUGGACUACAGACGUGUUAUUGAAACUUACUAGGAAUAUAGUAAGCUGCAAUGUAAGUUUAGCAUAAUUUAUAGCAAGCGUGUUAUUGAUAGGGACGUGGUUAUGUUUCUCAGCGUUCUGUCUUAUUCGAGAACUAUUGUCCUUCCACUUGUGACUGCUUUAUAACAAUUCCUAACGCAUUUUCGUUUUUCUUUUUCAUAUAACCUUUUGUUUUCGCCUUAUAAUAAUUUAUAAACCUUACCAACAAAAUAAUAACCAUGAAUGUUAUAUUUAUUAUUAUUGAUAUGCAAUCAAGUGGCACAGGUGUAAGCCUUACAGCCACUACCUGGGCUAUUGAAUGCCAAAUCAGCAAAAAAUAGCCUUAUUUCAAUAUGAACUGAUGUACCAUUAUUUACGAAUUUGGAAAUAGAGAGUAGUAUUGAAAUAAACUGUUUACGUAAUGUAUGUACGAACAUAAUUUUCGUGGAUUAAGGGGUAAACAUCUAUUUUAGAAACGAGACAUUAUAUAAUUAUAAGUAAAUAUGAAUUUUGUCCAUUUAUCAAGUUUUUUGUAAGGUAGAAAGGUCCGUACGUACAUAAGAUUUUUUUUGUGAUUAAAUGAAGUGAUCUUGCAUGUGUGCAUUGCAUGGUGAUAUUUUCCGAGUGCAAUUUCUUUUUAUCUAAUAAAAAGAUCUAAAAUAUAAAUCUUUUGCUAAAUUAUACAUAGCCACAAAAGUUUUACUAGAAGAUUGUACAACUUUUCGAUAUUUAAGUAAUUUAGUAAAACUUUAGUGUUAAUGUAUUCGCCGACACAGAUAAUUUUAUUAAUGCCUUACAAUAUCUUUAUACACAUUCAACACAACUACAGGUAUCUACGGCCAGCGGUAUGAUGUGAAAAUGUAACACUAUACACUGCACAAUUUGAGGGCAUGCUCAAAACUUUGUUGUGAUUUGUCCUUGUACCCAGAAAAAAUACCAGAUUAACUUAUUUGAAUGUACAGUCGUUUAUACAAACUAUUUUACUUUUCAUUAAAAUAGUGAACAAUUAA